CCUGCGGGCGCCUGAGGGCAGGCGGUGCCGCCCCAUCGGCCGUGCGAGGGGCGCCGGGGGAGCCCGGCUGCGGGUAAUCCGCGCUGAGGGGCGGGCCUGGGCCCGGCCGCUUCCGCGCACCCCAUCUCCGAGCGGCCGCCCCGGCCCCAUCCCCGUUCCGAUCCCGGCUCCCAGCGCGCAGCCACCAUGCCGUGGCCGUUCUCGGAGUCCAUCAAGAAGAGGGCCUGCAGGUAUCUGCUGCAGAGGUACCUGGGCCACUUCCUGCAGGAGAAGCUCAGCCUGGAACAGCUCAGCCUGGAUCUCUACCAGGGCACCGGCUCUCUGACGCAGGUCCCUCUGGACAAGUGGUGUCUGAAUGAGAUCCUGGAGUCUGCAGAUGCACCUUUGGAAGUCACAGAUGGUUUCAUCCAGUCAAUUUCUUUAUCUGUUCCAUGGGGGUCAUUGCUACAGGACAACUGUGCAUUAGAAUUAAAAGGAUUAGAGAUGGUCUUCAGGCCAAGACCAAGGCUUGCAUCUGGCUCUGAACCUAUGUAUUGGUCAAGUUUUAUGACCAGUAGUAUGCAACUUGCAAAAGAGUGUCUUAGCCAAAAAUUGACAGAUGAACAAGGAGAAGGGUCCCAGCCUUUUGAAGGACUUGAAAAAUUUGCUGAAACUAUUGAAACAGUACUACGAAGAGUGAAAGUUACCUUCUUAGAUACUGUUCUGCGAAUCGAACACGUGCCGGAGAAUUCUAAAAGUGGAACUGCACUUGAAAUUCGAAUUGAAAGAACUAUGUACUGUGAUGAAACUGCUGAUGAGUGCUCUGGAAUUAAUGUACAUCAGCCCACAGCUUUUGCUCACAAGUUACUUCAGCUCUCAGGUGUCUCUUUCUUCUGGGAUGAGUUUCCCGCAUCAACAAAGUCCUCCCCAGUCUGUUCAGCUACACAGCUGGCAACUGAACCAAAGCUUUCACCCAGCUGGAACCCAAAAAUCAAUUAUGAGCCUCAUCCACAAUUAACAAGAAACUUGCCAGAAAUUACUCCCUCUGACCCUGUACAGAUCAGUAAGCUGAUUGGUAGAAUUGAAUUGAGCCUAACAUUAAAGCAAAAUGAAGUACUUCCUGGAGCUAAGUUGGAUGUGGAUGGACAGAUAGACUCUAUACAUCUAUUUUUGUCACCCAGGCAAGUGCAUCUUCUAUUGGACAUGGUAGCAGCUAUUGCUGGACCAGAAAGCCUAAGCAGGAUAGAGUUGUCUAAUAAAGAUAGGAAGAACCGGCCAAUGCAACAGGAAGAUGAGUAUCGAAUUCAGAUGGAAUUGAAACGUUAUUUAAGAAAAGAGUCUUUAUCUGCAGGAGCCUCAUCUGAACAAAGCUUCUAUGAGACAGAAACUGCCAGAACGCCUUCUAGUCGCGAGGAAGAAGUUUUCUUCUCAAUGGCUGAAAUGGACAUGUCUCACAGCCUUUCUUCCCUUCCACCUCUUGGAGACCCUCCAACUAUGGAUCUAGACUUGUCUUUAACUAGUACAUAUACAAACACACCAGCAGGAUCUCCACUGAGCACAACAGUGCUUCAACCAACCUGGGGUGAUUUUCUUGAUCGUAACAAACAAGAACUACAGCCUCCAAGAAGUUCUUCACUUGCAGCCAAUGUGGUUCACCAGGCUUCCUUAAGGAAAGCGUCUAUUCCAUCCAGAUCUGUUUCUGUGGAUGAAUCCAGACCGGAGCUUCUUUUUAGACUCACAGUGGGAACUUUCUCAGUGUCUGUACUUCAUAUUGACCCUUUACCUCCACCUGAAAGUUCACUGAACCAUAACCCUUUGACACCAAUGGCUCGAGAUUUCUUUGCCCGAAUAGAAAAGAUUGAGCCAGUUAAGUUUGCAACUGAAGAUUUUCUGUCCUUCCGAGAAGUAUUUUCAGAAGCUUGUUCUCAUGAUCACCUUAGAUUUAUAGGUACUGGCAUCAGAGUGUCCUAUGAACAAAGACAAAGGUCUGCUUCUCGAAGUUUUAGUACGGAUUUAUCCAUUGGGAAUAUGGAGUUUCUAGAAUGUCUCUUUUCUACUGACUCUCAUUCCAUUCAGCCUCACUAUACAGAGCUGCUGACAUUUCGUUCUGAAGAAGAAAAUGAUUCUCAUGCUCUGCCAUGCCUUCAGCUUCACUAUAAGCAUUCAGACAAUAGAGGACCUCAGGGUAGUCAAGGCAGACUUAGUUCUAUUCCACAGAAAGCAGAGUUACAAAUAAAGUUAAGUCCAGUGUUUUGUGAGCUGGAUAUUAGUAUUGUGGACAGAUUAAAUUCCUUGCUUCAACCACAGAAACUAACUACAGUGGAAAUGAUGGCAUCUCACAUGUAUACUUCAUACAACAAACACCUAAAUCUGCACAAAGCAUUCACUGAAGUUUUUCUGGAUGAUUCGCAUACUCCUGCAAACUGUAGAGUUUCAGUUCAGGUCACUGCCCCUGCAUUGAAUUUGUCUGUUCGCUUCCCAAUACCUGACCUGCGGUCAGAUCAGGAAAGAGGACCAUGGUUUAAGAAGUCACUUCAGAAAGAGAUUCUUCAUCUUGAAUUUACAGAUAUAGAAUUUAAAACAGAGUUUGUAGGAGGCUCAACUCCAGAACAAGUUAAAUUAGAACUGACUUUUAAAGAGCUUACUGGUUCAUUUGAAGAAGAUAAAGCACAAGCGCCAGUAAAAUUUUUUCAAGUGUCUGGCGGUGUUGAUGGAGAUAUAACAUCAUCAGACAACUUUGAUUGGCCUCGGAUUGUAUUGAAAAUAAACCCUCUGGCUGUGCACUCCAUUCUGGAAAGGAUAGCAGCUGAGGAGGAGGAAGGAGAUGGUAACUUUCAGGAAGAAGAAGAAGGAGGGCCUCAUUCUUUGAAAGAUGUCUGUGAUAUUAGAAGACCAGAGCCUUCUCCUUUUUCUUCUCGUAGAGUCAUGUUUGAAAAUGAAGAGAUGGUGAUGCCAGGAGAUGUAGUUGAAAUGACUGAGUUUCAGGAUAAAACAAUUAACAAUUCUCAUUAUGUACUGGAGCUCAUGUUGCCAAACAUCCACUUGACAUUACCAAACAAAGGCUUUUAUGAAAAACUUUACAACAGAAUCAGCAAUGAUUUGCUGCUGUGGGAACCAACCGCUCCAUCUCCCGUAGAAACAUUUGAAAACCUUUCUUAUGGUGUUGGACUAUCUGUGGCCAGUCAACUCAUCAAUACUUUCAGUAAAGACAGCUUCAGUCAAUUCAAAUCUGCAGUUAAUUAUGAUGAUGAGAGUGGAUCUGAAGAGGAAACACUACAAUAUUAUUCCACUGUUGAUCCAAAUUAUCGCUCACGCAGAAGGAAAAAGCUUGAUUCUCAGAAUAAACAUUCACAAAGCUUUCUGUCUGUUCUGCUAAAUGUCACACAUGGAUUAGUGUCGAUAUUCACAGAUGUAAAGCAGGAUGAUGGAAAAACACUAGAAGGAAAAUAUGGAGAAUUCUGGUUGGAAUUCAACAAUGGUUCACUUUUCAGUGUGACUAGAUAUGAAGGUUUUGAAGAUAGACACUACGUUUGUCUCCAUUCUAGCAGCCUCAAUUUGUAUCAUCAAGGUAUGGUGGAUGGGGCCGUCCCUUCAUCUGAAAUACGACUGCCCAGCACAAUACGUCCCCAUUGGUUAGAACCUACUAUUUGUUUUUCGGAAGAAGAUGGUCUUAGUAGGACAUCUUCAGAUGGUGUGGGAGAGAACUGCCCAAAUAUGCUGACUGUUGCGGUCAAAAUCCAAUCAGAUAAAAUAGAGAGCAAUACAAAGGAAUUUCUAGUUGCUGUUGGGCUAAGAGGAGCCACCCUUCAACACAGAGUGUUGCCUUCAGGUCUAAGCUGGCAUGAACAGAUUUUAUAUUUUUUGAAUAUUUCUGAUGAGCCUGUUUUGGGAUAUAAUCCUCCAGCUACAGUUACAACUUUUCAUGUGCAUCUAUGGAGUUGUGCUCUCGAUUACAGGCCCGUGUAUUUGCCAGUCAGAUCUCUACUUACUGUUGAAACUUUCAGCAUUUCCAGCAGUGUUGCAGUCGAUAAAUCCUAUUCUACUCUCAGGGUAAUUUUAGAUGAAGCUGCUUUGCAUCUGUCUGACAAGUGCAACACUGUUAUGGUAAACCUCCAUAGAGAUUACGUUCGUGUUAUGGAUAUGGGCCUGCUGGAACUAACUAUUACAACAGUAAAAUCUGAUUCAGAUGGGGAAAGAACUAAACCACGUUUUGAGCUGCACUGUUCCAGUGAUGUAAUCCAUAUUCGCACCUGCUCUGAUUCAUGUGCUGCACUGAUGAAUCUUAUACAAUAUAUUGCAAGUUAUGGUGAUUUACAUCCUCCAAGUAAAACAGAGAUUAAAUGCGGAGUUAACAAGCCAAAAAUGAAGGUGGAGACCUUUAGUCAGCCCUCUUCACACGGGCCACUGCUCGCUGAAUCAGAGCAACAGAUUUUACGGGAUUUGAUGAGUGAUGCUAUGGAGGAAAUUGAGACUCAUCAGACUUCUGCUGUGAAGAUAGAGCCUAAUGGAGUUUUGGAUGACAGAUCUCAAACUCAGGAACCAUCUUGCUCAGAUCUCUUCCUGUUUCCAGAUGAAAGUGGAAAUGUCUCUCAAGAUUCGAGUCCCACUUAUGCUUCAUUCACUCAUCAUCUGAUAAAUGAAACCGUGGGAGAUGUUCCUGCAGAAAGUGAUGAUUUCUGCAUUCUUUUUGCACCAAAAGCUGCUGUUUCUGAGAAAGAAGAAGAACCAGUAAUAAAAAAACUGGUUGAUGAUGCAAUUUUGAUAAAGGAAAAUCAUUUCAGUCAGCCUGUGAAAAAAACAGAUGCAAGCAAAGCUCCCCUUCAUUUUCCUGUUCCUCUGGUACGCUACAUUGUGAAGGAAAUCUCUCUUAUUUGGCAUCUUUAUGGUGGAAGAGAUUUUGGGUCUGCACCACCAACAUCUCCAGCUAAAAGUUUUGUAAGUCCCCAUAGUUCUCCUUCUCAUACACCAACAAGACAUGGAAGGAGUACGGCUUGUGGGGGAAGAGGAAGAAACCCAGAUUUCCUCAUGGAAAUACAAUUAAGCAAGGUGAAAUUCCAGCAUGAAGUAUACCCACAAAGUGGUGCAGAAGGCGAAUCCGGUCUGUUGGAACAACCAGUGUCACGGCAGAUCUUUAUUGUUCAAGACUUGGAGAUCAGAGAUCGCUUAGCUACAUCACAAAUGAAUAAAUUUCUCUAUCUAUACUGUAGUAAGGAGAUGCCCAGAAAAGCACAUUCAAACAUGUUAACAGUUAAAGCGUUACAUGUCCGACCAGAGUCUGGCAGAUCCCCACAGGAAUGUUGUUUACGUGUUUCAUUAAUGCCACUUCGCCUCAAUAUUGACCAGGAUGCCUUGUUUUUCCUGAAGGACUUUUUCACUAGCCUCUCUGCAGAAGUAGAACUCUUAGUUACUCCAGAUCCUGAAGUUAAAAAGUCUCCUGGUGCUGAAGUUACUUGUAGUUUGCCAAGGUAUGCCAGUAGCCUUAAGGACCCAAGUCCAGUCAUUUCUUUCUCAUCACACAAGCAAACAAGUGAAAAUGGUAGCAUUGAUUCUAUGGAUGUCAUUAAUGGGGAUGAUCAUCGUUUCUCACAAGAAGUGACAUCAUACAGUGAUCAGCCAGUAUUUUUCAGAGAGUUUCGUUUUACAUCAGAAGUUCCGAUACGGCUUGAUUACCAUGGCAAACAUGUAUCAAUGGAUCAGGGGACACUAGCUGGGAUUCUUAUUGGGCUUGCACAGUUAAACUGCUCAGAAUUAAAGCUGAAGAGACUUUGUUAUAGGCACGGUUUAUUAGGUGUUGAUAAAUUGUUUUCCUAUGCCAUCAGUGAAUGGCUUAAUGAUAUAAAGAAAAACCAGCUGCCAGGAAUUUUGGGAGGAGUAGGACCUAUGCACUCACUAGUGCAGUUAGUUCAAGGUCUGAAAGACUUGGUGUGGUUACCAAUCGAGCAGUACCGAAAGGACGGCCGUAUUGUAAGAGGCUUUCAAAGAGGAGCAGCAUCUUUUGGUACUUCAACUGCAAUGGCAGCCCUGGAGCUAACAAACAGAAUGGUUCAGACAAUACAGGUGGCUGCAGAAACAGCGUAUGACAUGGUAUCACCAGGGCCAACUUUUAUUGAAACAAAAAAGAUUAAACGAUUCCCUCGCCAUCGUUUGGCACAUCAGCCAGUAGAUCUACGAGAAGGUGUUGCCAAAGCAUACAGUGUUGUAAAAGAGGGAAUUACGGACACAGCCCAAACCAUCUAUGAGACUGCUGCUCGUGAGCAUGAAAACAGAGGGGUAACUGGAGCAGUAGGAGGAGUCCUCCGCCAAAUUCCACCAACUGUGGUGAAACCUUUCAUUGUUGCAACAGAGGCAACCUCAAAUGUUCUAGGUGGAAUGAGAAACCAGAUCAGGCCAGAUGUGCGUCAAGAAGAGUCUCAGAAAUGGCGCCUUGGGGAAGACUGAAUUUAUAAAUGAGGCUCAGCAGCCAGCUAGCAAGGCUAGAAAUGCAGAAGAUGUUCCCAUUGGCAGCCUUAGAUGAAGCUGAAUUUGUUUUGCUCAUCUCAGGAACAAGCAAGGUUUUUGCCUAUUGUUAGCAAAACAUCCAACCAAAAAUAUUUACAAAGUGGAAAGCAAAUUGGUACUUGCUUAUGCUGUGUGUUACCAGUACAUUUGGUAGAUAGUGCCAAACAUAACAAAGCAUGCGCUGCCAACUCAAGAGACAUGCUCGCUCUAUUCCGUUUACCAUAUUUUUCUUGGUAGAUAAAACAUCUAAAGCAGCAGCCUAUAUGAUGAAACUAAGUAUACUUCAGAAAUGGUUUUUGAACAAAGUCAAGAAACUGUCUUCAAUAAAGGGCUCUGAAGAUGCUCUUCACUGACUAAAAGAUAACAGCUUUCAUUUUGGAUUUGAGAUACGGAGGCAUGUAAUAUGGAAGCAGAUAUGAUAAUAUCAUUUAGUGAUCGUAAGCAUUGCUUUUAGUGUGGCACUUAAGGAGCAAUCUUGAUAACCAUUCAGAAUUUAAAUUCAGUGUUGAUACACCUGUGAACAGGAUUUGUUUCUCAAUAUUAAAUACCUACUUCUGUGGGUCUUUGAAGAAACUGAAUGUUGCAGAAAUGUUCUCUUGUGUUGCACUUUAAAGAAUAUGGCCUGUAUAUUGUGCUUUUUUAUAGUGUGAAUAAAAUGUAAUGUGCAUUAUCCUUUAUGUGGUUAAAAGCUUAAAUAAGUAAUUGAUAAAAAGCAUCAUUUGAUGAUGAUUCUACAGAAAGUGUCUUAAAUUUAUUUAAACUGCUUGUUAUAUGUAAAAACACUCUUCUGUUACACUAAUUACAAAGCUAAAAAUAACUGUUCUUCAAAAAAACAGCAGUUAAAUAUUCUAACGAAAAGUUCUUUGUAAGAAUGAGAAAUUCUAAGUAAACCCAAAUUAUUUUAUAACAUCAUGGUUAAAAUUCUCUACAAAAUUAAUUAUCUUCUUUUAUUUAAGGUUACAAAGUUGCUGCUCUUAACAAGACUUUUUUUUGUAAUUUAAAUCAUGCAUCAUCAGUUAUUUGGCAGUGAGCAUUUGGAGCCAUUUAAUUUGAACUGGGAAUAGUUGAGGAUUUGAAAAACAAAAACCUUCAAAAAUCAAAGUUGAUUCUGACACUCUUUACUGUUUAAUAGGGAAACAGGGUCUCUGCAGAGCUUUAGUAAGCCACUGAUAGUGCACCGUUUCUGGGAAAUUAAAAAGCUAGACACUAGCUGUGCAGGAAUAAACCUUUAUUCCUUGUACUUGCAAAGACUGGAGGAUAACAAGUAAAAACUUCUUUGAAUAGAAAACUACUUAUUUUGAAUUUCAGCAAUUAAUAGUUUGGGUGACCAAUUGGAACAUUAGUUUUUGUCAGUCCUGUUGUUGUCCUGCAGAUACGCCAUGGACAAAUCUCGGCUGAAAGGUGCUUUUUGUUUGACUUGAAUCUCUAAGGAUGAUCAGAAGGUAGUCUCCUUCUUUCUCUUUUUCUUUUUUUUUUUUUUUUUUUUUUUAAAUAAUCUGCCAUUAGCAGAAACUUUGCUGAUAUACUGUAUUGCAGAACAAAAGUAGCAUAUGAAGGAAAACAAUAUAAUAUUAAGAUGAAUAGGCAUUAACUAGUUGCUCCUGGACACCAAAGAGUUUGUGUGGAGGGUAAAUGAUUUGUAAGAGAGAUCCCCUCUGCUGGAAUGACUAUUGCAGACUGCUUUUAUUAUUUUUAAUAAAAGACAUUUAUUUGCAAGCAAGUUCUUACGUGGGUGGAAGGUGCUAUUACAAAGUUGGCUUUCAUUCACUGGACUCUUCAUAGUUGUAUGUUUUGAAGACCUGAUAAUUUCAUUUAAGCAACAUGAUGUAAGCAGAAGGAAAUCCUUCUGAGAGGACAAAUACCUAAGUAUGUGCAAUAACUCCAUAUAUGAAAUACUUUAUGAUGUAAAAAUACUUGUUGCAGUUCAUACUUUUCUUCAGUAAUGUUAUUAAAUGCUUCAGUAAGAGCUAAAAGCUGAGCAUUUUGCACAGGAAUGAGUUCCAUGCUUGCUAUUCCACACCUCCUGAAUGCCUUCUGAAGAAGUGGUAAUGAAUCAGUGCAAGUAAGUAGCAAUUAAUCAUUUUCAAUUACAGUUUCUAUACUACAUCCUUUCUUCUGGUCUAGUUCAUCUAGUUAAUGGAAGUACACUGUAACAGUGUAAAUCUGCAUGUUUUCUUCCUUUUUGACAUUGCUUAAAAGAAGCAUUGGCAUUUCAGUGUUCAUUUUCCAUUCUGUCAUCAUCUGAUUGUACAGGAGUGCAGUUUGAACAUAUUUUUAUACGAGGGCAUGCUCUCAAGGUAAAACAUUUUAUAGAGUGUCUGUUGACAAUACAGAUUGUACAAAUUAUUAAACUUUAAACGUUUCACUAUUUAAA